AUGGGGAGGGUUCAUCACAACACCCCUUCCAAACCAUGGUCAUGCGAGCAGCUUAUUUUUGAGGUAUUCCACCAGCGUUUACAUGGAUCAUGCUGUGUUGGCUGGAGAUUCCCUUUACUGGCAGCUCAUUGGGAAUUUCCAAGGAAUUCUCCAGUUUGAUUUGGAGAGGCAGAUGCUGGACGUAAUGCCGGUGCCGGUGCCAAUCUAUAGCAAGGGCAACUGCUUCAAGCUUAUGCGGGCCAAGGGUGGUGGUGGUGGGAUAGGUUUCCUCUUCAUGUCCAAUUCAAACUACAUUGCCCAGCUAUGGAGCAGGAAGACCGAUGCCGAUGGUGUUGCUUCAUGGGUGAUCGGAAGGUCUAUCGAACUCGACAAGUUACUUUCGCUCCGUUCAGGGAAGGAGAACAUAAGGAUCGUAGGGUUUGCAGAGGACAACAAUGUGGUACUCAUGGAUAUGCUAAGGGGCUUCUUCAUGAUCCAACUCGACUCAAUGCAGUUCAAGAAGCUUGCCAGACCCAAGGCAGCGGUGUCCUGUUGUCAUGCGUUUGAAAGCGUCUACGCUGCUGAAACAAGCAUCCGUGGUGGACAUGAUGGAGCUGAUCUUUUGCAUAAUACAUAAGGUGAUUCUCCAGUCAGAUAUGCCAUGUGAUGUGCCGGUUGAAUAGGUAUCUACAACUACAUUCUGGUGUCUCAGAUGCAAAAAUGGGUUGUCAAGUGUAGUUUCUUCCAUUUGUAUGCUCGACGCGGAGAUACCAACCCAGCAUGAACACAACUCUUAACUCUGAAGUGAACUUUCUUGCAUAUGAUUAUCUCCCAUGUUGUAUCAGCAGGGACGGAUUUUGAUGUUGGAUUUCUUGUAUGUGUGUGUUUGUUGAAUUUCUACCUGGUUUCGAACUCAGUAUUUGGAGUCUUAAUUUUCUUAGUUGUGACUGAUGAAUGUUGAAUCCCAUCAGUGUGACCUGGGAGUU